UCGUUCGCUUUUCUUCUCCUGCCACCUCCAUCUGCCAUAACUCCUGCCUCCUCACGCAGUAAAGGAGAACUUAUAACUUUGUACAAGAUGAAGGGGAUUCUUAAAGACACAAAACGGAACUUGAAUCCUGUGGCCAAAGUGGAGGGGCAGAGCCACUCGAUUGCAGCAGUGCGCUGGACUCUUCCAGAAGAAACAGUGCAGGUUCACAGCUCGGCUCCUAGCGCCCCUUUCAAGAACAGCAAGAGCACCUCUUCACGCUCGCAGCAAAGACAUCAUCAGCAUAGCCUGAAAGACCUGCGCAGCCUGCAGGAGUGUAUCAACUUUCUCAACAACUGGAAGUUACAGGUGGCACAAGUCUGUAAGAAGGGAAGCGAUGGUGGAGAGGAAUGUGCUUCAGGUUCGUCAGAUCAACACGAAGACCCUCGGACCGAGCACAGUCUGGAGGAGAGCCGCAAACUCAUCCUGCAGUGGGCUGAUGAACUCAAGAUCGUCGACAAGGUAUCUAAACAGAGCCCGUGGCUGCAGGAGAGGUUCAAGUGCUGUGAGGAUGAUGAGCAGAAGGAGGAGCAUGGAGAAGUGGUACAGCAGAGAGUCAUGGAGUGGGCCAAAGAGCUCCAGAGUGUCUCAGAGAGCUGUGGCAUGCUGGGAGAUGAGCUAGCACAGAUGCUUCGUCUGCUCGGCCUGAAGAAGAAGAGGCUCGUUUCUUUGAUGCCGCUGCUUGAGUUCAUCACCUGGUCCUUACUAAAGGAUGACAGCAAGGAUGUGGUUUCUCAGCUGUGGCUUUCGGCCAAGCAGCGCUCCUGGGAAGCAGGAGCACAACAAUACAUCCCCAACUCCGUGUGGGAUUGGAUCACCAGCGCAUCAGUUGAAGUUACCCUCGACCCGUUGACGGCCCACCCCUGGCUGCUGCUCUCUGAUGACCAGAAGAAGGUUCAGGAAGGUUUGGAAGAAACCGACUUGCCGUACAGCCCGCAGCGCUUCGACAACUGGCCGUGCGUCCUGGGCUGGACGGGUUACACGACAGGCCGCAGCUACUGGGAGGUGGAUAUAGCAAACAAUGGCUACUGGAGAAUUGGAGUCACCACUGCGUCCUCGAAGAGGCAUGGCCGCUUCCUCAUGAAGCCCUCAAAGGGUUACUGGACCCUGUGGAGAAGCACGCGACAGUUCUUCGCCUGCACAGACCCUGAGACGCCGCUGCCUCUCAUACUGGUGCCCAGGAAGAUGGGAAUAUACAUCGACUAUGAGGAGGGCCAGAUCUCUUUCUACAACGUGGAGAAAAAAUCGCACAUCUUUACCUUCACUGGGCAUUUCCGCGGGAAGCUCUACCCUCUCUUUGCCCCAUUGGACGGGAGGACUGUCAUGAUGGUAUCCUCUCCUCAAGACGACAACAACGACGACUCUUAA